CCGAGAGUUGUCUUUCCGCCGCCGCUAUGCUUGCCAAAAUGACCAAUUUCGGUCUCGUUCUUCAACUCCCGUGUCGUAGACUGCCUCGUUCUCCAAAAUUGACGCGUCAUCUUUCAGGAGGGCAAGAUUGAAACCGAGACAAAAACACAACUACUACUAACUUAUAAAUACCCAACGAUGUAUGGACGUGGUAAAGUUGAAGCCGCAUAACAGCACGCAUAAGCAGAAGACCUUCACGCACUCAAAAGAAACAUGAGACUCACGACCAUCAUCGCAACGUUCGUCGCCUUUGCUGAAGCAACCAGCAUUCCCAGCACCGGCACUACCUCGCUGAGAGAAGAGGCCACAAAGAAUAACCUGCUCUUGGGGUCUGGGGCUAUCAAUCCAUCCUAUCUCAACGACUCUCAGUUUCGUGCCGUCCUUUCCAAGCAGUUCAACAGUCUCUCCCCUGAGAAUGAGCUGAAGUGGACCUUUGUCCAUCCUGCCAAAUGCCAAUAUGAUUGGCACAAGCUCGACCGUCUUGUCAAAUUCGCUGAUGCCAAUAACAUGAAAGUCAAGGGCCAUGGUCUUCUUUCGCCAUGCUGUAACUCAGAUUACCUCCUCAACAUAAUUUCCCCUGAAGCCCUCCGUGCUGAAAUCACCAAUCACUUUGAGGCCAUUAUGCAUCGGUACCGCGGUAAGAUGGAUCGAUGGGACGUUGUCUCCGAGGCCCUCAAGACCAACGGUAGCGGUUUGGCACCGAACCACUUUUACGACACCCUAGGUCCCGGUUGGGUUGAGGACGCCUUUCGCAUAGCCCGAGCAGCAGACCCAGACGCCAAGCUGUUUCUCAAUGAGAAUCUCGUCGAGGUGCAACCAAAGAAGCGUCAAGAACUUUAUGACAUGGUUUCUGCACUCGUACACAAAGGCGUCCCUAUCGAUGGGAUCGCUCUGCAGAUGCAUAUCACCCUCGAGCCCUUGGUACCUGGUGUCAUUCGAGAAAUGGUUGAAUCUUACAGAGCACUUGGGCUCCAGGUUACCAUUGCUGAAAUGGAUGUUCAUACGUAUAACGCAACGCAACAAGCCGAGAUAUAUGGCGACACCGUCAAGGAAGCUCUAGACGCAGGCAUCACUGAUAUAAGUUUCUGGGGCUUCACGGACAAGCACUUGUACACGUGGCUCCCGGGAGCCAAGCCGUUGAUGUUCAACGAGACCUAUUACCCCAAGAGUGCUUUCUACUCAACCCAUAGUGUCCUCACUGACUUUAAUGAGAGGUUAUGAGUAAAUCGGCGAUGGGGGCUCAGGUCGCC